AUGGCUGUCAAAUUCGCAAUUCUCGAUGACUACCAAGGUAUUGCACCUGCAUACUUUGCCCACCUAGAAUCACGCGUCGAAAUCUCCAGUUUCCCCGAGACCCUCAACCCCCGCAUUCCCGCCCAGCGUGAUGCCCUCGUCCAACGACUUCUGCCCUUUGAUGUGAUUCUAGCGAUGCGCGAGCGCACGCCAUUCUCCGCCGAAACGAUUGCUGCCCUCCCCAACUUGAAACUCCUGUUGACAACCGGUACUCGCAAUCUGGCAUUGGAUCUCGAGGCCUUCACGCAGGCCAAUGUCGCCGUCGCGGGCACUGAGGGUCGACCGCCCGGUGUCAAUUCGACUGUUCAGCACACGUGGGCGUUGAUACUGGGGUUAGCGCGGAAUCUGGCGCGCGAUGACGCAGCCGUCAAGCGCGGGGCAUGGCAAGGGUCCCUCGGUGUCAAUCUAUCAGGGAAGACCCUGGGACUCCUCGGCUUGGGGAAACUUGGAUCGCAAGUGGGGAACAUUGCACACCUAGCAUUCGGAAUGAAGGUCCUGGCCUGGUCAACCAAUUUAACGCAGGCAAAAGCCGAUGAGCAAGCCCAAGCUCAGGGCUUGCCUGCUGGUACCUUCGUUGUCGCUGCAUCCAAACAGGAUUUCUUCCAGCAAGCCGACAUUGUCAGUAUCCACAGCGUGCUCUCUGAACGGAGCCGUGGCAUUGUCAGCACGGCCGAGCUGGAGAGCAUGCGAUCCUCUGCCUUUCUCAUUAACACUUCUCGUGGGCCACUGAUUGACGAGAAGGCACUCCUUGAGGCCUUAAACGCGGGUAGUAUACGUGGAGCCGCGCUGGAUGUCUUUGAGCCGGAGCCACUGCCUCUCGACAGUCCUUGGCGGACUACCCCCUGGGGUCAGGACGGACGUAGUGAAGUGCUGUUGACUCCUCACAUGGGAUACGGGGAAGAAGACUUAUUGCGAGGAUGGUAUCGCGAAACGGCAGAGAACCUAGAGCGAUGGCUUACUGGAAAGGAGCUCCUCCGGAAGAUGAACUAG